AGACACAUCAGUCUCAUAUUAUCCAGGAGUAACAUCACGCCACUAUUUAUAAAUAGACUAGUGGUACUAUUACCACUUGAAGAUUCAGUUGCAAUAUAUACACACAACUUUUGUAUCUAUAUCCACAGGUUAUGGGAGUAGCUUGAGAAGAUGUCGAUCGAGAAGCUUCAUGUCGAGGUCGUUAAAGGCAUCAAUGGCCUCGAUAAAGUCGUCCUCCGAGAAAGUCGCGGCAGUUCCGCUGAGAUAUAUAUGUAUGGCGCCCAUGUGACUUCUUGGAAAAAUGACAACGGAGAGGAGUUGCUUUUUGUCAGUAAUAAGGCAAUUUUUAAGCCUCCAAAGGCAAUACGUGGAGGUAUUCCGAUAUGCUUCCCUCAAUUCUCGAGCCAUGGUUCUCUUGACCAGCAUGGUUUUGCUAGAAAUAGGGUCUGGAGCAUUGAUUCUGACCCCCCGCCUUUUCCAACAAGCUCUGCAAGUAAGGCUUUUGUUGACUUGAUCCUUAAGCCUUCUGAAGAUGAUCUAAAGAUCUGGCCCCAUAGUUUCGAGUUUCGGCUAAGAAUCACACUUGGACCUGGAGGAGAUUUGAUGAUGACAUCUCGAAUCAGAAAUACCAACACUGAUGGAAAGCCAUUUACCUUUACAUUUGCAUAUCAUACCUAUUUCUCUGUUUCGGAUAUCAGUGAAGUUCGGGUUGAAGGAUUAGAGACACUGGACUAUCUUGACAAUCUGCAGAAUAAAGAGAGAUUUACUGAACAAGGGGACGCGAUAACUUUUGAAUCAGAAGUGGACAAAAUAUAUCUUAGCACACCAACAAAGAUUGCAAUUCUGGAUCAUGAGAAGAAGCGGACAUAUGUGAUUCGCAAAGAUGGACUUCCAGAUGCUGUUGUGUGGAAUCCUUGGGACAAGAGGGCGAAGGCUAUUGUGGAUCUCGGAGACGAUGAAUAUAAACACAUGCUUUGUGUUGAAGCUGCUGCAGUGGAAAAACCCAUUACUCUGAAGCCUGGUGAGGAGUGGAGAGGAAGGCAAGAAAUCUCAACAGUUCCUUCAAGUUACUGUAGUGGGCAGCUUGAUCCCAGGAAAGUGCUGGGCAGCUAAAAUAUUAAACAUGCUGCUCCAUGUCGUGUACAGGUCCUCUGUUGCAAUAUGGUCGGAACUUGACAUCACCUGGCAAGGACUUCUCUUACUUUUUUUUAGCUAGUGCGAUUUUCAUGUUGAAUCUCCAAAAACAUGGUGCGGAAGGUGAACUCUUUUGCGCAUAAAAAUUGUCGAGAAUGUUCCUUUUUAUUGGCCAGCUGUGGCCUUAUAUCAUACCUAAGAAAACAGAUAAAUGUAUUGCCCAAUCAGUAGUACUGAUAUGUUUUUGGAAA